AUGUGUAUUAGAAGGCUUUAAAUUAACAGGGAUAAAUACUCCUAAUGUUGUAAGAGAGUAUGGCCCUAUAUUCAUGAAGUUGAUUAAUAAGACAAACUCAACGAAUUUGACAUAUUUUGCGAAUCAUAGUUUUUAUUUUUGAACCACCCCUGGUUAGCUAUUAGAUCAAGGAUAUAUACUGUCAACAUAAAUUUAUAAUCCUUAACUGAAGGAGAAUAUCCCAAUCUAAUUUUGAAAGAGCCAGUCACAUUUCAUAAUACUCUGUUUAUUAAGCAAAUAUUCGACCUUUAAACUGAGUAUGAAUAAGGGAUUUAUAGUUUAAUACUCUAUAAUAUUUCGUUUGAUGUACCAUCUGUAGAAAGAUAUUACUCAGAAAGACCCAUUUAUAUUUAGGUUUUUGACAAAGAUGGGGAUCUCAUAGAAUUAUCAGAUCCAGACGAACAGAAAAAUUAUAUUAUUUUUGAGCCAAAGAAAUCUUAAUACAGUUAAUAUGCAGAUUUAGCUACUUGUGAUAUGAGCGGUUGUGCUGAUUAGACAACUGACUCUGAGAAGUAAUCAUUGAUAACAUUUUAUCAUAAAAUGAAUGGUGAUUUUUGGAGAUAUAAUGAAAAUUGGCUAGUGGGUGAUCCUUGCUAGAAUCUAUGGUAUGGCGUAAUUUGUAACAGAAAAGGUAACAUUAUAAGUUUGCAUUUCUUUGAAAAUCAUCUUACUGGGGUUCUAGAUGAAACAUUUUCAAAUUUGGUUUAUCUGAAGCAUCUAACAAUUACAAACGAUGGAAGGGAACAUGAAAAUAUUACGAAUCCUCACAUGAAUACACUUUACUACUGGAACAAUGCUAUCAUAUCUAAGCUAACCAAUCUUGAAGAAAUUAAUAUGCAAUACUUAUAUAUGUUUGGCUAUAUUGAUUCAUCAAUCACAAAUCUGGUUAAGUUAAAGUAUUUGAAUUUAGCAAAUAAUAACCUAUCUCUGAGUUUACCUGAAACUGAUGGUUGGUUAAAUAUGAAGCAUCUUGAGUAGAUAGAACUAGAGGGAAAUUAAUUGGCUGGAAAUUUACCAUCUUAAUGGGCAUUCUUGUAGACUUUGAUAUAUGUUGAUGUUAGUAGAAAUAAGUUUACAGGAAGCAUGAUGAUUUUGAAAGCUGCGGAAAAUUUAUAGGCUGUUGAAUUCUCUGAUAACUUAUUCAGUGGAAAUUUCCCUUAUGAUUAUUUUGUUGAUGACAAAUUCUUCAGAUUAGAAUAUGUCAAUGCUAAUUUUAACCCUGAUAUCAAAGUCCCUGAAAAAUGCAUAAGAUAUGCCUUCUGCUUUAAAAAGAUGUUUGUUUAUGGAAGAGAUGGCAACAAAAUGCUUUACAUCGAUAAUGCAACAAUUUAUACACUAAAUAACCUAUCAGUAAACUUUUCUUUCCCCACUUCAGAUCUCUGA